AACAAAGUCUUCGAGACUAAAGGCCGGUGUGAGACGUUUUGUGGCGUCUAUAAAUAUACAAGAGGUGAGAGAGAAAGAAAAAAAGAAAGAGUAAAACAAUGGGUUAUUCAUCAUCCUCAAGAAUUGGGUUAUGUUUGUUCCUCUUCUUCACAUUUGCUCUUCUCUCUUCUGCUCGCAUCAGUCUUUCAUUUUCAGAAAAUGAAAUGACGGUGGUGCCAGAACGGUCAUUGAUGGUGAGCACCAACGACUACAGUGACCCUACAGCUAACGGUAGACAUGAUCCACCCCGUGGAGGCAGAGGACGCAGACGUUAAGAGAGAGGAUAAUUUUCUUAAUUUUCCGACUCCUCUUGCAAGCUUGCAAAUAAUCUAUAUAUAUAGAAAACAGUAAAAGUAGUUUUAAAAACGAGUUAUAUAUGUGAUAUCAGAGUGUGUGUGUGUGUAAUAUAUAAUACUUCAUUUGCAUUUGUGUUCUCUACAUCGACUUCAACUUGUUAUUCUUACCUAGAUUAAUAUAUGUGCAGUGUGCUACAUGUAAUUUUAUGAAUAUUUGUUUUUGUUAAUGCCGGCAUAUUCCAAUCGAUUUUAUAUAUAGAAAUUGUUGUGUAUUGAAAAAUUGUUAAACAUCUACUUUUGAACCUACAAAAACAAAAAAACAUUUGAAUAAGAAUUGAUAUUGAUGUGUGUGAAAGCAUAGGUCUGCAAACAAAAGAAAGUGACAUAGAGCGACAAAAAUACGAAGAAAAUGGAUUUCGAUACGUUAAGUGAUGCUGCAUUGGCCAGAAGAAACAAACACGAGAUCGAAAGCUCAAACAAUAACCUAAGCCCAUCAAACAAGAUGAUAGUACUAUCUAACAAAAUUUGAUUUUUUGCAUUCAUUAUGUUAGCGUGUAAUCAGUAAUUCAGACAUAACCUUUGAUCUCCUAAUCAUGUAAUAGUUUUAUCUAAC